CAAUCAAUGCGGAGGCACCAGUCGGGAGGGGGGGCUCCUCCACGGAUCGCUCCCCGGAUCACAAUGCCCUCAGACAGCUCCACCCAUGAUGGCACACUAGCUUGAGAACCACAAUGCAAACAUAACCACAGCAGCAGCAGCUCGUGUGUUGCAUCUGUUCGUUAAUUUGAGCAAUUUCGUAAACAUGCAAGUCUCCCUAAAGCUGUGAAAAAAAGGACACAGAAGAAAAUACAGCUCGGUGGAAUUCAACUGCUAACCUCGCCUGAACGCUACGAAGAUGCCUGAAGUCCGGGACCUUUCUGAGGCUUUGCCAGAGAUGCCAAUGGACCCAAUCACUGGAGUUGGAGUAGUGGCCUCCAGGAACCGGGCCCCCACCGGAUAUGAUGUGGUCUCCACAACCACAGACGGCCUGGAUGCAGACCUGUGGAAAGACGGCCUCUUCAAAUCCAAGGUGACCCGCUACCUGUGCUUCACCAGGGUCUUCUCGAAGGAAAAUAGCCAUUUAGGCAACGUGCUGGUGGACAUGAAGCUGAUUGACAUAAAGGACACGCUGCCCGUUGGUUUCAUCCCCAUCCAGGAGACCGUUGACACUCAGGAGCAGGCCUUCAGGAAGAGGCGUCUCUGCAUCAAGUUUAUUCCGCGGGACUCCACAGAGGCGGCCAUCUGUGACAUCCGCAUCCUGGGGCGCUCCAAGCAGGCCCCCCCGCAGUACACCUUCAUAGGAGAGCUCAACAACAUGGGCAUCUGGUACCGCAUGGGGAACGUUCCCCGGGCCCAGGACUGCACACACACCCCCACCACCAACAACAUCCAGAAUGUGAACUCCACCGGACCGGCCCCGGUACCAGCCACCGUCAUGCCCAAACAUAUCUCCAUGACGCUCCCAGCCAGCUUCAGAGGCAAGAACACCACCAGACCGGACUACGAGCACCAGAACUCCAACCUGUACGCCAUUUCAGCGAUGGAUGGAGUGCCUUUCAUCAUCUCGGAUAAGUUUGCCUGUGCCUCGUCUGAUCUGCAGCAGGUGGACCUGAUGGGCAUCACCAUCAAGUCAUUGGCUGAGAUCGAGAAAGAGUAUGACUACAGUUUCCGCACAGAGCACAGUGCAGCGGCUCGCCUCCCCCCCAGUCCAACCAGGACGUCCCUGAGCUCGGAGGCCUGAGGAUCCCCGAGAGGAAAAGCAUCUCCUAACUCCCGGGAGAUGUCUUUGUUUUUAAUGUGUACAGGAAAGAAAGGAUCUGCGUCUGAAACCACCACAACAUUGAUGGGAUUGAUGGCUCAUGUCGGACAGAUGCGAUCCCACCAGUAUGACUAUAAAUACAUUUCAGUUGUUGCUUGUUACAAACACCUGGAGGACAAACUGAAGGACUACAUGGACAUCUUCUUCUGAUGGACAGCUCACUAAAGCAGCAGCAUCGUCCUUAAGUGUUCAUCACCCCAGUGCGCUGUGAUUGGCCGAAAUCACGGUAACCCCCUCCCAUUAUAUGUGUUACAAAUACAAAAGGAAAGGGCAUGUUUGAUGGGGGGGAACCUGUCACUGCUCUCUACAUAUUACUGUGAUAUACUGGUGUGUUUGAUGGUCACUGUGCUCUCCUUUCACACCUCACUGGUUCCAAGCUGGACCACUAACCACUCUUCUAAUGGUUUUUAUUUGUGGUAAACACUCUGAUAUGUGUUUGUAUCUUUAGUAUACUAUGAAAACAAACACAUCUGCAGACGGAUUAGAAGCAGGAACACACACCUUUUAUCCUCCUUCACAUGUGGAUAAAGAGUAGAGCCAGAACAAAGUGUUUAACCCACAUGAGUUUGAAUCAUGCCAGGCUCAAUCCAAGCUACAUUUAACCCGGGUUCAGUCUGGCUGAUAGCACACUCGCUCCUGUUACAUUUUACUGUGCUGCUAAUGUUCAGUAUCUACAGCAGACCUCUUUAGAAGCAGAAACGCUCACGUGUUACAUAGAGAAGCUCACACUAAAUCUGCAUCGUUUAUGGUCAAAACCUUAAUGUUUAAGUAUUGAAUUGUCUUUAUUACCACUACAGACACUGAGGUGUGAUACCCAGCCUCACAUCACACUUAGCUUCUUUAUUUGCGUUACCUUUCCAGGUACACGAGCAAAAAGAUGCCACAAACUGCAGCUGUUUUUUUACAUAAUGCACGAUCAAAGGCCAAAUAAUAAUUGUAUUUCACUCUUUGAUUACUAGUGGAAAAGCACAGGGCAUUAUCUCAUUAAUUAAGCUACACUUUUACUUCUACUGUAGCCUGAUUUGGUUUUAGGAGUCUUUUUCCUUUAAAUGUAGUUUUAACCCAUUUUCCCAGUCAAGUCCAACUCAAAAAGUCCAAAGUUUACCUUGAAUCUGGAUCAUUAUGUCCCCAAUUAUUCAUUACAUCGUUAGAGCCUCACAAUACUGGAUUUCUGACCGGAAUAUCGACAGCUGAUUUUAGUUUUUUGAAGCAUUAGCUUUAUAAAGUGGAUGACUCGUCCGCGCCCUCUGGUGGACAAACUGUGAAGUGGACACACUGUUCUGAAUGACCUCGCAGGUAUGGGACACUUCUGUUACUUGCAGGCAAACAUGCCACGAUGAACCGGAACUUCUUGAAUAUUGUCAUCAUAUAUUUGGAUGUUUUACUAUGCCUUUUAAUGCAAUUUCAAACCCUUCCCUGUGUUAAGUACAAGAAGCAUGGGCUGCUUUUCUUUUUCUCUGUCCUGCCAAUGAAGCUCUACUUUAAAGUUACUUGUCGUUUCCGGGUCGGACUUAAUGUGAGCUGGGUAACAUUAAGACGUUUCCUUUAUGUUCAUGCAGUAUUGUGUUCAGAAGCACCCAGUUUUAUUUCACUCCUUUGUUCCUCACAUGGAUUAACUCCUUUUUAUUUUAUAUUUUUGUUCGUCUAAUUUAUUAGUCAUUGCAGAAUGGGGACCACACAGUGCUGAAGGCUUGGUGGUGUUAAAGCUGUGGAUUGCACUGCUGCCCUGCUCUCAUUGUGUCUGCAUUAACAACAGUAACACUCCUUGUGCGUGUGUGUGUGCGUGUGUGUGUGUGUGUGUGUGUGUGUGUGUGUGCAUGCACGGUGGUGCCAGAGGUUUCUAUAUGAACGUUAUUUUUGUAGGUUAUUGAGAAAACGUCACAGGUUUUUUGUCUUGUAGAUUAUCUUCACUAAACAACGAACAAACGGCAUCAGUUGAAUUUGUAUAAUAAUCGUAUUAAACUAUGAUGAAAUGAA